AUGUUGUCACGCCUUUCGAGGACCGUUGGCCGACGCUCCCUGCUUCUACACUCUCCUUUCCAGAAUCACCACCUGUUGCCGAUUCUCCCUAAUCAGUUUCACUCUCUUGCUCAUGAAUAUGGAUAUCCUAACAAGUGUAUCACAAGUAAGGUGUGUUUGUUUCAUCAUUCAGCCCUAAACCCCUCUCGCUUUCAAAAUUUUGGGUUCACUUCAUCUGCAUCUCCUGAGCCUACUGAAAAGGAGCAGGGAAGUGCUGUAGAUGCCAAUUGUGCAAAUGAAGAGUCGGAAAAAACAAAUGGAAGUGCAGAGAUUUGUGAUCAGACAAAAGAUUCAGUUUCGCAUGAGACCAAAGAGUCAGGUUUCAACUUGGAAUCCCAACAAACUGUGUCCCAAUCUGUUAAAAGGAGGCGAGGUACUAAACGAACUGCAUUUUCUGAUUCAGAUUCUGAGGCCGGGAGUGAUCUAUCUGUGGAUGAUUUGGUGAAGCUUGUGGCGGAGAAGGAGGAACUCCUGAAAGCAAAGCAUAAGGAGAUUGAGACAAUGCAAGAUAAAGUUGUCCGAACAUAUGCUGAAAUGGAAAAUGUCAAGGAAAGAACAAAACGUGAAGCAGAGAACUCUAAAAAGUUUGCCAUCCAGAAUUUUGCAAAGAACCUACUUGAUGUUGCAGACAAUUUGGGAAGAGCUUCAUCAGUUGUCAAAGGCAAUUUCUCAAAAAUUGAUGUGUCUAAUGACACUGCCCAGGUAGUACCACUCCUUAAGACGCUUUUGGAAGGAGUUGAAAUGACCGAGAAACAGCUUGAAGAGGUAUUUAAGAAGUAUGGAGUAGAAAAAUUUGAUCCAACAAAUGAGCCAUUUGAUCCACAUAGGCAUAAUGCAAUAUUCCAAGUACCAGAUGCUUCUAAGCCUUCAGGGACAGUAGCUACUGUUCUCAAGGCAGGAUACAUGCUCCAUGAGAGAGUUAUUCGGCCAGCUGAAGUUGGUGUUACUCAAGCAGUGGAGAAUGGUGCUGAAGGAAAUAGUGACUAUGAGCUAGAUGAGGAUGGCUAUUUGUUUGCACUUGGGACAAAAGAGAAGCAUUAUCAUGGUAGCAAGUGUGCAAUUUGUGGGAGGAGAUUCAGCCAAAAUAUUCAGAUACGAAUUGCACCUGCAAGCGGAACCAACAGCAGUGUUUAUAAUCCUAUCCAUAACUUGAGUAAUUUUGGAUUUGAAACAAGUCUUAUGAUGCAGAUGGUUCAAUAUUUUCAUGGGUGUCUGUUAACGCCUAGUCUAGAGAAGCACUCGAGUCAAGACCCAAAUUAG